GGCCCCUCGGCAGCAACAGGGGGCGAGGGAUUCGGGGAAAGGGCAGAAGGCAGGUCCGUCUCCAAAAACAAAAAAAAAAAGAGAGGGAAGACACUCUUCCUCCUGUGUUUUUGGAGUGAUCUUUCCAGGCCAGGAACACGGGGACAAAAUACUGCUGGAGUUUGCCAUCUUAUUUGCCUACUGCUUUUAAAGGCGGCUGUGUCAGAAGAAAUGAUAGGCAGGCAGGAUGGGUAAAUAAAGAGCAGUUUGGUGUGCUGUGUGAAUAAUCAGAAAUUACAUUUCUGUUUUAGGAUAUGUCUGCCUAUGUGAAAAAAAUUCAAUUCAAGCUGCAUGAAAGCUACGGAAAUCCUUUAAGAGUUGUUACCAAACCACCGUAUGAAAUCACCGAAACAGGCUGGGGUGAAUUUGAAAUAAUCAUUAAGAUAUUUUUCAUUGAUCCAAACGAAAGACCUGUAACCUUGUAUCACUUGCUGAAGCUUUUCCAAUCUGAUACCAAUGCCAUCCUGGGAAAGAAAACUGUGGUUUCUGAAUUCUAUGAUGAAAUGAUAUUUCAAGAUCCUACUGCAAUGAUGCAGCAGCUGCUAACAACGUCUCGUCAGCUAACGCUAGGUGCUUAUAAGCAUGAAACAGAGUUUGCAGAUCUUGAAGUAAAAACCAGGGAAAAACUGGAAGCUGCCAAAAAGAAAACUAGUUUUGAAAUUGCUGAGCUUAAAGAAAGACUAAAAGCAAGUCGGGAAACCAUCAACUGUUUAAAGAACGAAAUCAGAAAGCUUGAAGAAGAUGAUCAGUCUAAAGAUAUGUGACCAAUGCUGACUUGAUAAAGAACCUGUACUGAAAACAGAAGGACUUCACUCAUGGAAUUGUAGGUGUUCUCCUCAGUUCUGUAACAGACUGUGAAUUUCACUUGCAAAUGAUUGAAGUAAGUGGAGAUUGAGUUCAUAAAUGGAAGAAAAAAGAAAGAAUAUAUCCUUGUUUUAUAGUUAAGAUCUGUGGGUACUUAACAACUUAUUUCAAGUAGAAGGAGUCUUAGAGACAAGACUACUUUUUUUUUUUUUUUUUUUUUUGUAAAGAGCUGCUUUGAGUGGUAUAUGAAAACUUUGUAUUAAGUCUUGUAUUAGUUCAAUGUGAUUUUACAAAAUGAUGAUGUUUACUUUUUUUACUUGCUUUUUCUACUGGCUGUUUAGUGGUGCAUCUUUAAAGUUGAAAAUAAAAUAUGCGGGUUUUUAUUUUAA